AAAGUUCCUACUGUGUGUUACUUUAUACAAUUUUCAAUAUAUUACUUUGGUUUAAAGCCUAUCUGGAAUUGAAUUGGGAUUUGUUUUACUUUUCUUUUUGCUUGAGGACUUCGAAUGAUUCAGAGUCAUUAGAAACAAGCUUUGAAAAGAAAAACCGCCAGACUAGUGAAUUUGUUUGGCUGACUUAGAGAUUUUAAAAAUUACAAGAUAAGCUUAAUUUUCUCAAUAGGUUAGAGUUUUUGAUAAGGUUUCUUUAAAUUUGUUAAUUGACUCUGUAUUGAUACAAAUCUUACUGAUUUUUGCUAUGGACAAGGGAAUAAAAUUAAUAAAGAAAUAUUCUCCGCUUGCUCAAAUAACAGAAGAAAAGCAAGCGAAAUUUGAAGAUGAACUCUAUGACGUAUCGACCGAAAAUAAGCCAAGCAUUAAAGAUUUACUCUCUUAUGGAAACGUUCUUAAACCGGAAUUAUUGAAUGAAAAAGGUUCGAGUGGCAGCUCUCCUGGAGAGUCUGCAAUCAAUGAAGCAUUUCGUCAUUUAUCAAAUGUUAUCUCUGAACAUUAUAGCAAUGAUGAAUCGAAUUUGGAACACUUGAAACCUCUUUAUAAAGAUUUAAUGAAUCUUAUAACAACUGCUUAUGAAGGAAACUAUGUAACGUCUGGAAAUUGUGACGCAAUUAGAACCAUACUUCAAUUUGACUAUUAUAGUGACUAUAUUGAGAAAGAAGUAACAGUAGAUGAUAUUAGACGUUUGAUGAGAGGAAUUUGUCGUGACUUCAAACCUAGGGAAAAUGACACAACCUUGACUACAUGGAAAAACGAUGUAUACUAUCCUUUGGGUGAGAUCAUCGGCUGUGUAAAAUUCGAAGUGCUUAGAAAGUGUAAAGCUGAAAUAAUUCACGGAUUACUAUUUUGGGCAGAGACAGGUAUGAAGUAUAAGGAAGAUGACGACUCUGUUGAACAUUUUAUACAGUUUACGAAUCUUAUGAGUAGUGUUUUCGAAACUGCUUGCAAUUCAAUGCUUGAUGAUGAGAAGGGAGCACUUUUAUUUAUGGACAUUGAUGACAAAACAUUCGAUUCAUUUUUAUCAAGAGCAGACAAAAUACUCUCAAAUAAAGACUUUCCUCCAAAUCGUUAUCCCGAAGAUAACAUGCAACUUCUUGUACAAAAUUGCCUUACAAGCUUUAUCCAAGAAAGUAAUGAUUCAAAGAUGUUAGGAAAAGUCUAUGGUUUAUACAAUAAAUUUGCUUCGUCAAGCAAUGGAAAAGCUUUUGAUAUAGUAGAAGAUAUGAAGACGACGUUUCAAGAAAAGCUAUCAUUAAUUGAUUUUGAAGCUAUUGGAAUGAAAAGUGCCCUUGACCAAUUCUUAGACGAUUUACGAGCAAUAGAAAAUGAAAAUCAAGUCUCUCUUGUACGGGAUAAGUACGAAAAGAGUUACGCGAAGGAGUAUCUUCCGAAAUUAAAGAAAGAUAUUAACAAAUUGAAGGAAUUUAUUCAAAUUUUGAUAGAAAAUCCCUAUUAUGGCAUAUGCAGGGAAUAUUUUGACGACCAUGUUACACAAAAGAAACUAUUCACUUUUAAAGAAAAUCCGGAAAUACUUAAUUUCAUUUUUGAUUUAAUGUAUAAAUCAAAGUAUGAAUAUAAUGAAAGAUUUAAGAGUGCUUAUGAUAUAAUAGGCCAAAGUUGUGUCCAGUUACUUGAAAAGGAAAAAUUAUUGACAAAACGGAAAAAAGAUCUAUUAGAUAUUUUGGAACGAUGCUUCGAAGUACCCAAACACCCUUAUCAUUCUGCUUGCAGCAAUCUACUGUACCAUGUCGAAUGGAAAGGAGAGAUCGAGAGAUAUUCUAGAAUUGUUAAAAAGCUGAGAGUUCAUGUGGAAAAAGAGAAUUCAUAUAUAGAAAAGGAUGAUGUUAUAGUUCGUAUAACUUCACAAGUAACUGAAUAUGUUAACUAUCACAAUGGAAAAAAUAAAAAAUUUAUUGAAUACGCUGACUCGUUUGCUGAUCUUUUUAAAUACUGCGUUAAGUUAUCGUGGCUUUACGAUUCUGAUGAUAAGAUUGUUAAUGAUAGAGAUUUGGAUGAGGAUGAGAGGAGAACGCUCGCUGGAACAAUUCUCAUUAAACUUAUGACCAAUAUCUACGAACCGAAUAACGACUUCAAUGAUUUUGUACAACCAAUUGUCGAAACGUUAAAGAAGCUGAAAAAACAAGACGACGAUGAACAGAUACAAGAGUGUGCCAAGAACUUAGUAAGUGAACUAACUGAUCAAAUGGAACUUCUUGGUGAUGAAGCAGGAGAAGAUAUAAUUGAAGAGUUUUUGAAUGAUCGUGAGAUAUCUCAAUUAGAUCGAAUAGCCAGCAUGUAUCCAUCCUGUCAAGUCAAGAUACACGAAAGCUUAGAAGAGAUACUAGAUAUCGCAGAAGAAAAUGGAGAUGUAGGAAUGAUCACUUUACAAACCUUAUUGAAUAAAAUUGCCGACAAUGAUCCCAAACAAAUAACAAAAAAAGUAUUUGACUAUGUCAUGAGCAUAUUAGACACAAACUUUGGAACUGCAUAUUUCUUUUUCUUACAAAAACUGGCUCCAAAAAGACCUCAGUUGUUUGAUAAUUACCACACCAGAAUCAAUGAUCUCAUUAGACAAGGCGAACACGGUAAUGUCUUUUUACAACUACUGCCGGACUUGUCCCGAACAAAAGAACUAGCUCAAACAAAUGCCAAGCUGACAUGGGAGAUAUGUCAAAAAAAUGAUCCAACUUACGCGAUAAGUGCUUAUUAUACACUACGAUCCAUUGCCCUACGAUUUAAAGAGACUGUUGAGGAGUAUAAACCUCAAUUGGAAAAACUAAAAGACGACCCAAAAUUACGAGAUAGCAUAAUGUCAAUUCUUGACGUAUUGGAAGGAAGGACGUUAGAAACUGUAGCAAAUGAUGUUGAAGAACAAAGAGAAGAUAUUGAUAAUUUAGAUUCCAGAGUUACGAAUAAUGAAGAUAAAAUUGAAAAUCUUGAUAAUGAUGUCAGAGAAACUAAAGAAGACGUCGCCAAUGUUAAACAAGAUGUCAAAGAAACUAAGGAACGCAUUGAUCAAAUUGAAUAUACAAUCAAAGGACUCGAUGAAAGAGUUGAAGAACUCAGUCAUAUGACUCUUUCACAUGCUCCCGCUUGGACUCGUCAUGUUUCCGAAUUAAUGAAUGAUCAAACCGAUCACGAUUGGAGACUCUUAGCUAUGAAACUCAAUUAUACAAACGACGAUAUACGAAAUUGGGCUACUCAACCAGAUCCUUGUCUAUCGAUGUUUGAUGAAUGGUUUGCUACUCACAAAACAAGAGAAGCUACAAACGCCAUUUUAACUAAUCUGAAAGAAAUGAACAGAUUAGACGCUGCUGAAAUUGUGGAAAGUGCACUUGCAAAUGUGAAAGAUGUUGUUCAAGAUGACGAAGAUGAAGAGUUUGAGAAACCAGAAGUGUUUCUCAGCUAUCAAUGGGGACAUCAACAAGAAGUGAAACUUCUGCGUAAACACUUGGAGAUGGCCGGAUUCAAGGCAUGGAUGGACAUUGGCCAAAUGGGUGGAGGUGACAAAUUAUACGCCAAAAUCGAUGAUGGUGUUCGUUCAGCCAAAGUGAUUAUCAGUUGUGUAAGUGAGAAAUAUGCAAAAUCCGCAAAUUGCUGUAGAGAAGUUAACUUGUCAACAAAUCUUGGAAAACCAAUGAUACCAAUACUCAUGGAACAAUUAUCGUGGCCUCCUGCAGGUCCGAUGGGACCAAUCAUGUCUGAAUAUUUGUAUAUUAGGUUCUUCAAGUCUGGUGGAAUGGAAAAAGGCGACUCUGUAUUUUGGUUGCCAGCAAAAUUUCAGGAACUUCUCAUGCAAGUUCGAUACUUCGUCGUACCAGAUAUGAAACUCAUUACGAAUGAUUCUCCUUAUAAAGGAUGGAUGAAUCCACCGGAAGAAGAAAUCAUCAUUCCGAAACGAGAACAAAAGGCCAUUGAAUCAAGCAAUGGGAAAUCGGAAGAGAACACGGAACAAGAAGUUUCGCCAGAUGUCUUUAUAUCUUAUCAAUGGGGAAAACAACCACAAAUUAAACGUCUAUAUAAAAAGCUUAGUGAAAUGGGCUAUUACUGUUGGUUAGAUAUCAUGCAGAUGGGAGGAGGAGAUUCUCUUUUUGAUAAAAUUGAUAAGGGAAUCAGAGGAGCAAAAGUGAUAAUAUCAUGUGUUACUCCAAAGUAUGCAUUGAGUGCGAAUUGUCGAAGAGAAGUUUCAUUAUCAGGAGCAUUGAGUAAGCCAAUUGUUCCUUUAUUAUUAGAAGACAUGAAAUGGCCACCAGAAGGACCAAUGUCGAUGACAUUUACGGAGCUUUUAUACAUUGGAUUUCACAGAAAGAAAGACGAUAAGUUGUGGGAGGGUGAUGAAUUUAAUCAAUUAAUUUCAAAAAUUGACCUGAAUGCACCAGGAUGUCGAAUGAUUUCGGAGGCAGCGGAAACGAAGGAAAGUAGUAAAACAGCAAAAGAUGAUGAAGAGGCCGCUCGUAAAAGAAAAUUGGAAGAGGAAAAUAAGCAAAAAGAGUUGGAGAAGGAAAAUGCGAAAAGAAUUGAAGAAGAAAGAAGGAAGGAGGCUGAAGAAAGGAAGAAACUGGCUGAAGAAAAACGGAAACAAGAGGAAGAAUCAAAGAGAAAGCAAGAAGAAGAUAGGAGUAAAAAAGAUGAAAAUAAGAGUGCUCAACCGCGAGCAAAGAAAUCAUCAAUGUGUACCUUACUCUGA